UUGUUCUGUGCCGAUAGUUAGCGUGUUGCCCCGCACUCUGAUCUCUCGGAUGCUCUAAAGACCAUUUGAUUGUGCCACUACUACGCCUCCAAGCCCCCGUAACGCAAGGCAAGUGUUCCAUCGCCGCCUGACCAUGCGCCUACGAAGAGCCGCCCGAGUUAUUCUUUUUGGGGCGCCGGGAGUCGGGAAGGGAACGCAAUCCGAGCGGCUGCUGCGCAGGUUCCCGCAACUCUCGUCCAUCAGCUCCGGGGAUCUCCUGAGACACAACGUCAAGCAGCGGACACCUCUAGGAAUCAAGGUGGAGAGCACAAUGAAGGCCGGCGGCCUGGUUCCGGACGACAUCAUCCUCCGACUCAUCAGUAACGAGCUCAACCAGCGCGGGUGGAUCCACUGGGGCCACCCGUCGGGCAACGUCAUGACGCUGUCUUCGUCGGCCGUCGACGCCGAGAUGGCCGCGUUCGUCUCCUCCCCGGCACACGCGCGCGGCUACGGCCAGCCGCGCGUCAACGAAGACCCGUCCGCCUCGUUCCUCCUCGACGGCUUCCCGCGCACGGCGGCGCAGGCCGACCGGCUCGACGAGAUCGUGCCCAUCAACCUGGCCGUGUCCAUCAAGACGCCGUUCGAGGUCAUCAUGGAGAGGAUAAGCGGGCGGUGGGUGCACGAGCCGUCCGGGCGGGUGUACAACACGACCUUCAACGCGCCCAAGGUUCCCGGGCGCGACGACGUCACGGGCGAGCCGCUCGUGCGCCGGGCCGACGACAGCGAGGAGGUCUACCGCGCGCGGUGGAACAAGUUCCAGGAGACGAGCGAGCCGCUGCUGGAGCACUACGCCCGCAAGGGGGUGCUGUGGGAGGUCGAAGGCACGACCAGCGACGAGAUCACGCCCAAGCUGUUCCGCGAGUUUGAGCGCCGGUUCGUCGAGGUCUGAUUGGCCCCGGCGGCGCCCCCCCCCCCCCCCCCCGGGGAAGCGUCAUGUGCUACGUCGCAAAAUCUCGUCUUUAUUUUAUUUUGUUUAUUUUUUUCUC